GGGACGCACUGACAAAGGUGAGGCCUGCCAAACACAGGCGACACCAGUCCCUCUGACCACCACCAGCAGGCAAGGCGAGUUAAGUGUGUUGCCCAAGGACACAACAGCAGCAUUCUCUGGACAGAGCUGGGAUCGAACCUGCAACCUUCCGAUUACUGGACAACCCACUACUGCUGUCCCUGUGUUAUUCUGGCAGCAGGGAUGUUUUUAAGUCAGCAGUAAAAGGAUGGAAAAAAGACACAGAUUAGGACUAAAAGUUGUGCUAGAACAUUAUGUUGAAAUCAUAAUUUUCAUUAUAAACCACCAGAUUACAAACCUCGUAAAGAGCAAGUCACCCCCAACCAGAGUAUUACUCCACUCCCACUUCCUGUUUGAAAAAUGCAACAAAUGCUGUUGCCUAGCAGACCGAGAGGGCGGAGCCGCUAACAAAUACACACGCAGGCUCACAACGACAUUGUGACAUCAUAUGGUACCAGCUAAUGUUCUAGUGUACCUCUUAGCCAAUAGCGAUGGCAGAUUUAAAUUCAAAUGCAGUGCAGAGGUUUUACCUGACAACGGCACAACACUGACGGUUUUAGGCAGAAAAUUAAAAUUUUAACUAAAGUGCUAAACUAUUAACUACACGUGUCUGCAGCACGAUUAGACACGCCUUUAUAUAGUUUAUCAGAAAAAAAUAAGUUGAUUUGGGGGUGACUUGCUCUUUAAGUUCACAGCAAAGAAUCUCCAGCAAAAUGAGGAAAGUGUUCCAAGGAAAAAGCUGCUGAUCACACUUGAAAUGUGCUUUUGGAUAAAAAAAUUUCUUAAUGUUUUAAACCGCGUAGGAAGCUGUGAUUGGUUGAGUCAGUCCAGUUAGAGUUACCUCCAUCCUCCUAAAGGACAGCUUAGAGUUAUUUAACUUGUGAUGGAAUUUGUGCAAACAGGGAGGAUGACGAUGUGAAAUUUCUUUGGUGGGUUCUGGUGGCCACUUGCUAAGCAGCUGCACACGCUCAGAUGAUGUCACUUCUCAGAGACACUCCUUUGAGCUCAGGAUGACUGCUCUGUUAUGCAUUAAGUGGCGAAUCCUGGUCCCUGGCUGUCAGGCAGAUCCAUCCUCCUGGGGAGAGAUAUUACUGUUUAAAGAAGCACACACACAUUAGGGAAGAACCUGCUUGCACUCCGUUGGUGCAGAAAGGUUCACACAUACAUACGCCAGGUGCCAUGACAGUGCUUCGCUGUAAAUAAUGUUAGGAUACUGGGGAGUGUAUUUGUCCCUGUCUCAUCCAGGCACCAUAGAGAAAGAUAAUAAUGAAUGUAUUUCCUUAUUCGGGAUCCCCAUUAGUUAUCACUGCUGCAAUAAAUAUUCCACAUUAAAAGACGCAAUAACAACAAUAUUACAUAUGCAACAUUCUUAAAGGGGACGUUAUGCAAAUCUCACUUUUGCGCUGCCAUGUGGAUCUAUACUGUGCUAUAUAAACACUCCAAACACUAAAAUCCUCCUGUCCACUUUUUGUUAGUGUUUAGGAAUUACGUGCCUAAAGUGCCCUGUUUCAAAAAGAUACUUUUUGUGAUGUCACAAUAAGGAAAAUUAGCAUAAAAUCCCUCUCACCUGUCUUUGCUGGUGAAGCCACAGCUCUAAUCCGGGAAUCUGCCGAAUGUCUGAGAUCCUCACCUCAUAGCAGCCGUUUCUGCUCAGCAGAGUGCUGCACCUUGUGAAGGUGGUCAUUUUCUGCCUGUACAGUAACUAAACCCCACUUCUGAAGGAAUUAAUUCAUGUGUUAAAAACAGCUUAGAGUCACUUUAAAGAGCAAGUCACCACCUUACUCCCCUCCCACUUCAUGUUUGAAAAAUGCAACAAAUGUUGUUGCCUGGCAGACCGAGAGGGUGGAGCUGCCAACAAACACACACAGGCUCACAAUGACAUAGUGACAUCAUAAUGUACCAGCUGACAUCAUAGCGUACCUCUUAGCCAAUAGCGGUGGCAGAUUUAAAUUCAAUUGCAGUGCAGAGUUUUUAUCUGAUGAUGUCACAGCACUGACGUUUUAGGCAGAAGAUUUAAAAUUUAACAAAGAUGCACUAAAGUGUUAAACUAUUGACUACACGUGUCUGCAGCACGAUUAGACACGCAUUUAUUUAGUUUAUCAGCAAAAAUAAAGCUGAUUUGGGGGUGACUUGCUCUUUAAGUGGCCAUGCUGUAGCUAACUAAUCCCUAUUUCACCAAAGUGAGGUUGUUCAAAGAGUCAUCUGCAGGAGAUAAGAUAACUUUUCCUCAAAAUCAAAGCUAUUGCUUUAUUGUCCAUGCCAAGAAAAAAGGUAUAUAUUUUUUAUUCAUUUGGAAUUUUUUAUUCAUUCGUUCUUAUUGUUUUUAUCCUCCAAUAAAAUCCAGCCCUGACUUCAGUAAGAUACAUAUUCUACCAAGUAUUUGACCAGAAAACCAACGGGUUAGGAAUUCAUUUUCACGGGAAACCAUUUGUCAUUUGUCUCAGAUGACUUCCUGGUUGUUGUUCUACCUCACCUCCUGCAAUAUUUGCAUGUGUGAAAAGGGGGACAGUCAUAUUUCAGCAGGUUGUCAAACCUCCUCCGUUUUGGGAGGAGCCAGACUGUUUACAUCUCAUACAGAUGCAUAAAGGUUAGUCCAGAAGAGACGUCCUGUGACAAGGAUCACAACCUGUAAGAUGCAGUGCUAUGAGACUGUGGUGAGCUAUCUGAGCUGGGGGUUGAUCCUGGUGGGACUUGCCCAUCUGGUCCAUCACAAGAAGGCUCAAGCCGCCUAUGGACGCCACAUCAUCCUCUCUCCUCUCGCUAGGACAGUACCUGCUAGACUUGCCUGGUUCCUCCAGGAGAUGCCAGCGUUCCUGAUUCCCCUGCUUUUGAUGCAGCUCCCACACAAACCCUCCACAAUGGGGAAGUAUCUUUUGUUGAAAACCUUUUUCUUGCACUACUUUCAAAGGACGUUUGUGUAUUCGCUGCUGACCAGAGGACAGCCUUUCCCACUGGGUGUGAUGGUGUCGGCAGGUCUCUUCUGCUCCAUUAAUGGUUUCCUGCAGGGCCACUAUCUGCUGCACUGUGCCCAGUUUGAUGACAAAUGGUCAUCUUGUUUCCGCUACAAUAUCGGUUUGCUGCUGUUUUACCUCGGAAUGGCUAUUAACGUUCACAGCGACUAUAUCCUACGCAACCUGAGGAAACCAAAGGAGAUAGUUUACAAGAUUCCUACUGGAGGUCUGUUUGAAUAUGUGUCUGGUGCCAACUACUUAGGAGAGAUUGCUGAGUGGCUCGGCUAUGCUGUGGCAACCUGGUCCCUUCCAUCAAUCUCCUUUUUCAUCUUCAGCUUCUGCUUUCUUGGACCCAGAGCCUACUACCAUCACAGGUUUUACCAGGAGAAGUUUAAAGAAUACCCUAAGUCUCGAAAGGCUUUGAUCCCAUUCCUCUUUUAAAGGGAGAAAAAAAGAACAUUUUUUAAGGAUCCUUUUCAUCUUUAUCUUUUGUGAAAUCCAUCAUAGUUUGUCUUAUCAUUUCCUCUCAAUUUAAGAAUAUGAAAUGUAUUUAAAGGUGCAAUAUGAGAUGCUUUUUCUCGCCGUUCAACACAGAUGGGGUGUUUCUCAAUGUGACGGCGCCUGGCCUUGCGAGGCGAUGUCUUGCGAGGCCAGGUGCCUUGCUUACGAGGACACUGUCCUUCCUUGGUCAAAGAAAACGGUAAAAUGGAACAGACCUGCAUCACGUGACCGCGGCUUCCACGGCGGUCA